AUGACCAGCUGCGCCGUCGUCAGCAUCGAAGGCGGUCCCACCUGCGCGUCGAAUCCACCGCUCCUCGAAGGAGCUGUCGACUUUGCGUGUGUGGUCAAGGAGGUGUUUCAACCAGUGAGUGCCGGGAGAGCAUUUGUGCUUCAGGGUGAAGCCGGGCGUUGCACUCAGGAGUACAUUGAGAUCAACGGCAGGAAGUAUUGCGGCGACGACGCGCCGGUUCGUGUCGCGCCCAGGGAUGGCGUGAUACGCUGGGUUUGGCACGGCAGCGGACGCGCGAGCGGCUGGGAGCUCUGCUGGGCAGGAGAUGGUACUCCGGGAGGAGACUGCUGGGGUUGCGAAGAGCUCGAGGAAGCGCUCAUGGCCCAGCUAGGUUCGGGAGGCAGGCGGACGAUCCUGAUCACGUUCUCUCCUGGUGCCCGAAUCACUUUACGCCGGCAGCUGUCGGUGGGACAUGGUGCUAAUGUUAGCAUCGUCAGCCCGAGCGGUGACGCUGUCAUCGAGGCUGAGAGUGGCGCAAGCCUCAUCACGGUCGAACCUCAUGCGACGCUGAUAGUCGAGGGCGUGACGUUGACACACAUAGACGGCGAUUCUGACGAUGACGAACUUGUGGGCAGAGGAGCUGAGAGCGAGGAUAAUCUCGGCAGGCCCAUGCAGGAACCAGAAGUUGGAGGCGCUAUCUUUGUGCGUGCUGGCGCAUCCCUAAUGCUGCGUCACUGCACCGUCGCAGACAUGCACGGGUCCUAUGGUGGCGGGAUUGCUGUCAAGGGACGAGCUCUCGUCAUUGACUCCUCCUUCACUGGCUGCCGAGCGUGGCAAGGAGGUGCUAUUUACACCGACGGUGAUUCGGCAAACGCGACGCUCAUUCGAAGCAGGAUACACGAUUGCAUUGCAGACACGGGUGGCGCCAUUUAUGUCGGCGUCGGCGGGCGAGCACAGCUAUUCGACUCCAACAUUAGUGAAUGCAAAGCAGCGGGGGACGGUGGCGCCAUCGCCUCGUUCUCACGCUUGGUGGUCACCAGAGGGUCGAUCUCACAAUGCCACGCGUCAAGCGGCGGGGCCAUCGCUGCGCGGCAUGAGCCGGAGAACCAGCUCGGAGGGCCAGGUGGCGAGCUCGGAGGGCCAGAUGGCGAGGUCGGAGGGCCAGAUGGCGAGGUCGGAGGGCCAGAUGGCGAGGCCGCUCCCAGCGAUCGAGAUGCCCACCUCAACAUAAACAACGUCAGCAUCUCAAGCUGCACGGCAGGCAGAGGUGGCGCCCUCUUCCUGUCAGCAGUCGUCGGACGCAUGCGGAGCUGCCACAUUAAGGGCUGCACCGCGCUCACGCAAGAUGAGGCUGCGGCGAGGGGCGGUGGCAUGUUUGUGGAGAAAAUGUCAGAUUUGGACAUCGAGCAGAGCCGCUUCUCUGAUUGCCGGGCGGCCGGUGAGGACGCCAUUGGCGGCGGGCUGGACGUGAGCACCAGAGGUGCCAACGUGAGGCUAAGCGGGAGCAUCUUUGAGGGAUGCUCAUCCGACGGCGCGGGCGGCGCAAUAUCUAUCCGUCACGGUGCUAUGCUAAGCGCCCGUCACUGCAGCGUACUCGACUCUCACGCUGCAGGUGGUCCUGGCGGUGCCCUGUUGGCCGAGGAGAGGGCGCGAGGUCCGAAUGGCGACAGGGCGCGAGCGGCUCUGGCCGACCUCUCCCUGUCGGGAUGCCGGGGCACAGCUGGCGGAAGAAGGGAAGACGCACGUGGCGCCGCUAUUUAUGUCGGCACGGGAGCGGAGGUCUCGUUGACCAAGGCUGACGUGGUCCAUGAGUGCGGGGAGGGUCCAAUCCUCGAGGCGCAAGGGUCGGGGGAACUUACGGUUCGCGGCCUCAACGUGUCGAUGUCCGGAUGCCAGGACGGCGACCCAAGUGCCGCCCUCCUGGUGCCGCUCGACACAUGCGGCGACAAGCACUUUCGCACAGCAGGGGCGUCGAAGGCUAGUUCCAUGUGUGCGGAGGGAGCGACGUGCGUCGAUGUCGUCGCGUUUGCCGCCAGACGCAAUUUGCCAGGAGAGAUUUCGGCGCACUGCCGGUUUCCGGUUGGCUGCCGGGCGGAUCCGAACAAGGAGGAUGUCGGCCCUGAGCUCGCCCCUUAUGAACAGGGCUGCCUCACGUCGCUCACUAGCCGGCUGCAAGCGGUGCAAGACGGCUUCUCUGUCGACUUGGUCAAGGACUCGGCAAAGGCCACGGUAGAGACCAUCCAGGCCUCCCUCUUCACGCAGGGUAGCGACUGGCUCAAAGCAGAAAGCGGCAACUAUACCUGGGAGAUCUUGCCGGGCCUUCCGCGCUGGGUCAUUAAUACCACAACGGGCGGCGAGAUAGAGAGCGAGCUCUUGCACAAGAGCAUCCUGAUCCCCCUCUACCUCGAUCCCACGAACUUGCGAGAAGGAGAGACCCACAAGGCCGACUUGCGCGUUCGGGUGGUGACGGCAACGGCGGAGACAUUCAGCAUCCCUAUCCGCGCGAACGUCUUUGCGGAGCCGGCGAUGCUGCAGCUUGAACCGCGAGACUCGACUAGCAGAGGCCUUGUCGGCGAGUCGCAAGAGUUUGAGAUCACCGCGCGAGACCAGGGCGGCCUCGAGCUCGCGCACGAUGUCUUGAAGCCGAGUCCGGGUCCGACACGCAUGUGGGAGAUGCAUUAUAAUGUGAGCGGACUCGCCGAGGAGGACCAGGAUAAAAUCGACGUGCAAUUCGACCACCAGCAGCUAGGCAGCUACAUCGUCACGGUGACUCCGGCGAUUGCAGGCGACUACAACAUAUCAGUCGUGCUGAGGUCAGCCAAUGAGAGCGUCCAAAUGGCAGAGCCGAUCGAGAUCCGUGCGCACGGUAGGUCGGUCCCACCGCUCCCUCCAGCAGCCAGCCAGGUGUCAAAGGGCUUGCUUGCCGCGAUUAUCGUACUCGCAUGCAGCUUUGUCAUCGCGCUCAUAGCCUUCAGGGUGCGGGCCUACUGCACACGGCGCAGGCUACGUCCCACCGAGAUUUCGGCGAGGUUACUUCAAAUCAUGGACGUGAACAUUCGAUGGGUGUUCCGCCGCAUGCGCGGCAGGUUGCGGACGCUUUGGUCUCUCCUGUACACCGCGCCGGAGUGGGCCGUCGGCCGGUGGGUCAUCUGCAGCACGACAACGCUGCGGGCGCUUUGCUGGCUCCAAUUUGCGUUCCGCGCACUACCUGUGGUCGAGGCGGUCGCUGCGUCUGUCGACAUGGCCUCUCUGGUGAGCAACUGCAGCUCAUUCACGCCGGUGCAUGCGGACCAGGCAACGGCGGAGCGAUUUGUCCUGUGGGCGAGCGUCGUCGACGCCGCCUACUGCACGCUCGCGGCACUCGUCGAGUUCGCAUUUUUCCAGCGUGUGUUUCGCGGGCAUUCCACCCCGGACCUGAUGCUGGCUGCCGUGGUGACGAUGCUAGUGAGCUUCGGCUUCUUCUUGACGGGCGUGGUGGCCAAGCGUCGUAUGGACGACGGCGAUCUUGUUCUCCGGCCGUCUGAGCAUGGCUUGCUACCCGACACGGCCGUUACCGCCACCGUCUCGGCCUCGGUCGCCGUCAGCGUCGUCUUUGGCCUCUUUGGCCUGCGCAUGAGGUACGAGUACGAUUGGCGCGCCCUCUCGCGCUAUGGCCUUGAGCCCAAGAUGUUCAAGCGCUAUCAUCUUGCGAGACUCUUCUGGGCGACCCUCGCGCUCGACACUUCGGCCGGCCUGUUCUUUGCGUGCAGCAUCGCCGGAAACAGCGUCAUGACGCACGAUUUGCGGAUGUGCAGCGACAACGAAUACCCCGUCGACCGCGCCAUCCCAGGACUUGCGGUCGCCGGCGCUAGUCUCAUGCUGCACGCGCUGUUUGAUGCGCUCCUCUUCAUGUUUGCGCGGCGCGAGCAGGGGAACGCCUCCCGGCUGCUGCUUGCCCUUGGACUACUCUCGCCAGUUGGUGGCGUUGCCUUCAGCUUCCUCGAGGUGCCCUUCAUCUACCAGCCCUCUGGGGCAGAGUCGGUCCUCGUGUACCGCUCUGCCUGCGACCUGGCCAUCGCGCUCACCAUCGUGGCCACGCGGCUGCUGCUGUUACGGCUAUGGCACUGGCUGCGGCAGAGAGUGUUUGGGCGUAACAUCAUGCCCUCCAUCGCCAAUGCGCGCCGCGAUGCGAUACUGAGGCUCGUGGGCCCGCUCAACUUGGAGCCGCAGUACCUCGAUGCCAUCCGGCACGCCGCGCGUGGGCAGAAAGUGCUCCUGACCAUCGAGACCGUCAUCCCUUCACCCACCUGGGAGGCGCCUGUUGCUGCCCAUGUGUCCGUCGGUGGCGAUGUCCCCGACUCCGCGCCGGCCUCGCUCGGCCCUGCCGAUCUCGAGCGAGCGAGCCGAGCGGCCGCGGCCUCGCUCGGGCUUGCCGAGCCCACCUCUGCCGCCGCCCGGCUCUCUGAUGGGCGCUCGAGCUUGCCAACGCAUCACGAUGUGAGCCGCCUCCGGAGGCGCAUGGCGGAGCGUUACAUGAUCCUCUCGCCGCACACUGGCCGGCUCCGCUGGUCUUACACCGGCUACAUCGGGGUAGAGCAGGUGCUCGAAAUUGGUUGCCACGCCAUCCGCGACACGGCCACUGUCUUUGGUGGCACCGGCACCGGCUUUGAGCACGUGAUGGACGGCAUUCGGGUGGGCCAACGGCACCAUUCUGGCGACGGAGUGGGAGAGAUCUUCCAUAACAAACAGCGCCCGACCUCAUCUUCGGAGCGGUCGAAUCCGCAGCCACGAAGGAUGUGGAGCCGCGACAAGUCGCUCUCCUUCAAGAUGCAGCUGCCAGGCACAAUUUCGGGUGCCACGCGCCACCUCAUCUUUGUCGUGUGCCUGGGCAUCCACGGCUCGAUCAUGCGACUGUGGAUUGAGUGUGCGGAUGAUAGACACGCGCAAAUGUGGCUGGACGGCCUCAGCGUGGCCUUGCAGCUGUGGCCGCGCGUGCAGGCAAACCCAUCGGAGCUGCAGUGGCUGCGCGACGUCUUUGAUGCGGCAGACGUCGACAAAACAGGGCUGUUGGUGUACACUGAGUUCGACCAACUGCUGGGUGCGGCAAACAUGGAUGGAGAUUACGAACGCGCCUCGCUCGAGGGCGCGCUGAAUGAGGCGGAGUGCUCCGACUCGCAAUCCGAGGGCUUUGCCAAGCCGCUCAACUUUACUCAAGUGGCCAACCUCUUGUUGCAACUGCAGAUGCGGUAUGACGACGAGCUCGCCGACGUCUUUAUGCGCUACUGCGACACGCCGACCGCAGUCACAUCGCCAUCGGCUGGGCCCGGUCAUGUCCAGGAGGCGUUUAUGACGCUCGACGGCUGGAUGGAAUUUUGGCGCGAGGAGCAGGAUGGGACAGAGGGGAGCAUGUCUGCCGUCGAGGCUCGCGCGGCGUACGAGGCGUACUGCUACGAGCGCCACAUGGCGGAGCGGGUGCGACGGGGCGCUGCGACGCCAGCCCGCCCCGAGAUUUCGCUGGUUGAGUUCCACAAGCUGCUUCAGUUCGCUGCCAACCACGCCAUCGACCCGCGCAAGGUUGCCCCGUUGAGCGACGAGGAGCUACGCCACCCACUCGCGCACUACUGGAUCAAUUCGUCGCACAACUCGUACCUGGUUGGGAACCAGCUGACGUCGCGCUCAUCCUCAGAGAUGUACCGACGCAUCUUACUCGAGGGGGGCCGCUGCGUUGAGAUUGACAUCACCGACGGCGCCGACGGCGACCCCGAGGUGACGCAUGUGCAUUCCUUCACCAGCCGGCUCAAGUUUGGGGAGGUGAUAAAGGCUGUGCGCGCGGAGGCCUUCUCGAGCUCACAACUGCCGGUCAUAAUCUCGAUCGAGAUGCAUUGCGGGCAGGAGCAGCAGCAGCGGUGCGCGGACCUACUCUACAGAACCUUUGGGGACGCACUGGUCCUUCCCGAGGAGAUCUCCGAGCUGUCGUUGACGCCGUUUGACCUGCGCGGCCGCCUCAUUAUCAAGGGCAAGCCUGCAAGCAGGAUUCGUCGACGCCAUCCGGGCGUCGCACAGAGCUCAUCGUACGAGAGUAUCGUCUCGGGCCGCUCGCUCCUCUCCGAGAGGCCAGGGGGGCGGUCAGGGCGCAGCGCUGCGGAGAGUGGCGACUUGGCGGAGCACCCAGCCAUGCCACCAUCUCCAGAGGAGUCGCAGGCGGUGGGCCGUGGCGGGCGGCGCCUCCCCUCCAUCGCGCUACGCACGUACCGCAAGGCGAUGACCCGCCUGUCGGCGCCGUACCAGUUGGCCAAGAAGGCGCACGGCGUCGAGCGAUACGUCGACCCGGCCAUGGCCCGCGUGACUGCGAUGCGGGCGUUCAGACUGAGCGACAGCCCCACCAGCUGGGCGCUGCCCGUGGUGUCCAUUGUCGAGGGCAAGGUGGAGAGCAUGGACCAGGGGAACGAAGAGUUUGCCUGGGACUUCUCGAGCACCCUAUGCCGUGCCUACCCGGGGCGGUCUCGGCUUACCUCUGACAACAUGGACCCGCUGACCGCCUGGCGGCUUGGCAUCCACAUGGUUGCGCUCAAUCAUCAGACCAACGACCUACCGCUGCAGCUCAAUCGUGCGCUCUUUGCGCUCGGUGCGUCACAGGGCUACCUUCUCAAACCGCCCGAGAUGCGCCGCGGCGAGAGCUGGCCGCCGCACCGCAAGACGCUACGCCGUGUGAGCCUCAAGGUCCUCACCAUCAAUCGGCUACCCACACGGCGGGAGCACCGACCGCGAAAGAGCUCAGCGGCGCACCACGCGUACGAGAGCGAGCUCAGUGGCACACCCACACCGCCCAAUCCGGCAGGCGCCGUCCAGAGCCCGAUCGUGCAGAUCGAGCUGCACGCCAUCGGCGGAUUCAGCUGCGUCAGCCCGACGCUGCCGGUGCCUCAAAGAACGGCGCAGCGCAUACGAGUGCACCGCCGCCAUACGAAUGCGCACAUCCACUGCCUCGCUGCUGAGCCCGACACGACGUUCCUCCAUGUCGCGGUUCUCGAUGGCGAGACGCUCGUCGCCUACGAGGCGGCGGUUCUGAGCACGCUGCGGCCCGGGUACCGCUGCGUCCCUCUGCGCGAUCCGCAGGGGACGCCCAUAGACCUGUGCAAUCUCAUCGUGCACAUUGAGAUUGGCGAGGAGCCGCACGUCUGGGCUGAGGUGCAAGAGCUCCGCGCCGAGCUCGCACGGAAGGCUGAGGCGCUGGAGGAGCUCGAGGCGGAGCUAGCGGCCGUGCGGAGGCGCGACGGCGCCGCUUCAGGGGCGCGCGCGCCACUGCUGAGCAGCCCUGGCAGGCAUGCCUACGUCAGUAGCGCGCUAGCGGCUAGCGCCUCCGUAGUGCGGGCGUAUGAGGUGUAG